AUGAGGCAUCCAAUUCAAAUGAAGCCAGCAGAUUGUGAAGGUCUGAAUUCUCUUGCAGUUGAAGAAAGGAAACUGUUUGUCGGUAUGCUGUCCAAGAAAUGCGACGAGAGUGACGUCAGGAUAAUGUUCUCAGCGUUUGGUUCAAUCGAAGAAUGUCACAUAUUAAGAGAUCAGAUGGGAGGACACAAAGGAUGUGCCUUUGUAACAUUUGCCACAAGACAGAUGGCCCUUAAUGGAAUAAGAUCUAUGCACCAAUCUAGAAUAAUGGAUGGUUGUACGUCAAAGUUGGUAGUUAAGUUUGCAGACACGCAGAAAGAGAAAGAACAGAAGAAGUUACAGCAAAUGGCACAACAAAUGUGCUACAACAAUCUAUUACAAAUGGCAUGUUUAGGUGGUGGUAUGAAUAACCAACAACAACAACAACAACAACAACAAGGUUCAGGUCUCAACAAUCCAUACUUAUUUCAGAAUGCAUUCUUGCAGUUAGCGCAACAAGCAGCAGCAGCUGGUGGUGGAGGCGGAACAGGGGGUAACAUGGGAAAUGUGUCAAACCUUGCCAAUCUACAACUACCAGGCCAUGAAUAUUCAUCUUCCCCUGUAGGUCAAACGGCGGCAUUGACGAUGCCCCAACUAGCGGCAUUAGCGUCGGCGGUCAACCAGCAGCAGAACAGUACGGGUGGCCAGAGCCAGAAUGCGUUAGCACAGAGCCAAGCGUUACUAGCAGCGGCACAAGGGAACAGCAUUAUGGGGGUCACACCCGGAUCAACAGGCGGAACGGCCUCGACUGCGUCGUCGACCAUCACACCGACCGCCAAUACCAAUUCUCUCGUGGCAGGGUUAACUGGCCUUCACAGCGGCCUACAACAGAAUCUGCAGACGAACACAGGUCCAUCUGGAAUGGGCUCAAAUCCAUCGUUAGCUGGCUUCAGAGGCUUACCAAAAGGAGCCGGAACUAACACGACAUCGAGUAUGACGGGACUAACAGCGGGUUUACAGGGCUUAGCAGGCACGGGGCUGUCGAGCAGUGUAGCCGGGGUCGGUAGUUUGGGCACGGCGGCCGGUUUGGCGGGCACAGGGGCCGCAACCGCCCCCACAGCCAAUAUUGACCUUACCGCCUUGACGCAAGCAUAUUCAGGGAUACAGCAGUAUACAGCACAAUUUCCCAACGGUUUUGGACCCAUCAAUGCUUUCCAGCAACAACAACAACAGCAAGUCGGAGCCGCAGGUCAAAAACAAAAAGAAGGUCCAGAGGGCGCUAAUCUAUUUAUAUACCACCUACCCCAAGACUACACGGACACGGAUCUAAUUUCAAUGUUCUCUCCGUACGGCGGUAUCCUCAGUGCAAAGGUCUUCAUCGACAAAAAUACGAACCUCAGCAAAUGUUUCGGUUUUGUAAGUUACGAUUCACCGAUUUCAGCGCAGACAGCCAUCCAGGCAAUGAACGGUUUCUCAGUAGGCACAAAGAGGUUAAAAGUCCAGCUCAAGCGCUCUAAAGAAGCUAGCAAACCGUACUAAAGAACGCUCGAUACUUCUGUCCAAGUCAUGUGACGUCUGCCUGUACACGUUUGCUCGUUGCCCCUGGAAACCAUACUGGUUUGCUAUUUUAUCAUGUGACUAGUUCAACGAACUGUCGUCUGUUUGUUUGUCAGAAAUCAAAUCGUCUCGUUCUCUAAGCAGACUUAAAAACCUAAGAAACAUCACAUGUUAUAUGCAUUUGGAUUCUUCAUAUGUGGUGUAUGCCUUAGUCUAUAUCCCAGCACAUUGGACCGUUUGACCAGUAGACGCUUUUUAACAUUUUGUUAAUGUAUGAUAAUGUCAAGCAAUCUCUUUAUUAAUCCAUGUUUACAUCAUAACGACCCAUGGCAAUGAGAAAUAUAAGCGAGAAAUAAAAAUCAGACAUGCUUGAAAUUCAAAUGAAAAUCAGGGAGGCUUUAGUUUAGAAGGGUUAUUAACCGACACCUGUAUUGUUUUCACGAUCGUAGUUGGCCAUUAUGCGUAACUUUUGCUUGUGCGUGUGUGUUAGAUUUUAUUGGGUCUGAAUCUAAGACUAUAGUACCUUCAUUGAUAAUUGAUAUGGCCUUCGAUGAAGACUACAUUAGUUGUAUUGUUUGUGUAAUGUGCAAAAAAAGCAUGGAAUGUUUUUAUUUCUAUAUUCAUUUUCCUCAUGUGUUCCCUUAAGAGGGUUCGCGGGAUAUUUUCUUGUAGUUCAUUCAUAUAUUUGUGACAUCAUUUUCCAUAGAGGAAAAGAACAGGCCUGUGUGUCAAUUUGGAGUUGAAUGUUUUAAAGAAAAUAGCAAUUUUAUCAUUGAUUAUCAUACUUGUUUGAUGUGGAUUUCCCCGGCGUGAUAAAUCUUAUGAAGUCUCAUUUAUGUUGAUAUUUUAAGUUUGUUGAAAACAGGGUGUGGAAAAGUGAUAAAAGUUCUUGUACGUUUUAAAUCAUUAUUUAUUUACAAUUAUACCAAGUUUUAAAGAGAAAUAAGCGUGCAUCCCCUAUGGAGGGAGACACAGUGUGUUUGGAAUAAAGUGAGUUUUUGUGUGUGUUUUAUUAUUGGCGUUCAAGAGAUUAUUGCCAUUAAAGUGUGUAGUUUUUUUCAGUGAUUUUAUUUUUUAAUGAUUAUUAUUUAUUGUUAUUCAUUUUUUAAACCAUCAUCCAAACAUCAUGUAGUAUGGUAUAAAUUGCAGUGUUGAAUUUCUAGUUAAAUUUGUUGCCGUGUUGAAUUUGCAGAAUAAACAAAGGAUAUUUUGUAACGUUACUCCCAUUGAAUGUUCAUAUUUUACUCAAUAUGCAAUGGAGCGCCCGCGGAGAUAUUACAUGUGAAAGGUCAGUCAUUGUCUUAAAAGCCAGUAAAAUGGAUUUGAAGCUAAAUUGAUGCACUAGUGCCCAUUGGUAUGUCGUCAACGUCAUUACCUAGCAGCGCUUUGGAAAUCUGGCAAUGCGGUUUCGAAACCAAGUCAAAAAAAGACAUUAGUACCCUUCGUUGAGGCAUUGUUCAUUAUUGCAAUUUCUCUCGGAGAGGAUGUUAAGCCGUUAGUCUUCACUUUGACAAGUUGAUCCUGUAUGUGAUGCUCGGGAAUUUGUUGCAUUGACGUAAUAAAAUGUCAUGAAGAAUCCUGAAUUUGCAUCCCAUCCUCAUUUGCCCGAUAAGUGGGAUGCCCAGGGGGUGUAUAUCUAUAUCUAUGUGGUUCAAGCCCCAAAACUAGUGAAAGCAAAACCAUAUAUUUCCUUUGUAUUAUCCCUCUCCCUACCCAAAACCCCCAAACAAAAGGCGGAAAAAGGGGCACUUGACAAUGUCAGCCCCCCCCCCCUGCCACCCCGAUACCUGUGGGUGAUCAUUAGGAUGAUCACUCAUUUCAGCAGAUGUGAAGUAAUUAGCUUUAAAUUGGAUGAGCCUGCACCUAUGAAUGUUUUUAACCGAAAUAUGGAGCAAUACAAAUGCUGUGGAUCAUCAUCAGUAGCUAAUACCUUUUUAAAAGUGUUCAGCAUUAUGCCCUAUUCAAGGACAAGGAGCAUAUCUAUGCAAAGAGCACCUAAUUGAUAUUUGACUUUAAAGUAACACGCCAAACUGAUUCGUCAGUCAUCGCCAUGGAUACCACUAUCGGCAUUCUCAAUUUAAUGACAUCGUUAAAUCCCAUAGAUUGAAAUUGUUAAGAUUGAAAUGAGCAAGAUCAUUUUCUCCAUUUUUUUCAAGUUUUAUUUCAUACAGAUACGGGUUGCAUGCGUGUUCCCACUAGUCCGUUCAGUGCAUAUUGAGUAAAUAUACUGUUAAAUUUGUCAAGCAUUUGUUCUAAAGAUAUGUAUAUGUAAUGUGUUUCAGAUUGAUUUUAAACGAGGAUAAAUCUCAAGAAAUUCUUACCCAGAUAAAUCAUAUAAUUUUUAUCCAAACCUGGCAGAAAUUUGCUUUUGUUUUACUGGAACUAUUUAUCAAAUGAAAUUGGAUUCAGCUACAAUGAAAAACAAUUCAUAGCAUUCAAAUAAUUUGAAUUUUAUUAACAGUAAUAAUCCAGACAUGAAAUUAUAAGCAGAUAUAUGUAAAUGCUGGCAAGAUGUUGUUAAUUUAUUAUUUUUUCCUUAAAAUUAAUAAUCCGCAGCUAUUUACCCAAGAUGAAUUAUAUUUGCAAAUUUUUUGUGGAAAAGUACUAUAUAUAUGUAUUCAAGAAAUCCAGGUCGUUUGAUUACUCAAAAGAUUUUUUUUUUAUUUUGUGUGAUUUGAUGAUUUUGUUUUGGUGCUCUGGUCUGCACUGGAUUUGAAUUUUAUCGAUUGAUUUUGAAUUUUAAAUCUCACCAAUUUUAACAAGGAAUAGUGAAUAGAAUUGGCUUACGACGCGUUUCAAUGGAAAACCAGUGUAGAAGUGCUGGGUCUACUGUAUGUAAUUCGCACGAUGCACCAUUGAAAAUAUUUGACAACUUAAGGUUUUAAGAAGUUUCUCCAUAAAAAACAGUUAUUUUAGCUCUAGGAAGAAUUUGUGACCAGUCAUUCAAUGCGAUUCAUUUGACUUUUUUGCACUGCGGCAUAUUUAGCUGGAUUAAGUUGAAUUUAUUAUGUUAGGAUGACACCGGGCAGGAUGUAUUCACUGAAAAAUUUGGAUGCUGAAUCAGAUGAUAACAUACAUAACAGUUUCAGAAAUGACUAGUCCCUACCGUUAAUGACGUCAAAUUUUGAAAUAAAACAAGUUUAAAUAAAACAAGUUUAUUUAGAAAAUAUAACGACACACCCAGAUGUUCAACCGAACUUGUGAUUGUUAAACAAUGCAAUUAUUUUAGAAUUCAAGCUACCGCUCUUAAAUGGGGGUUAGUCGGUGUGAAGACACCCAAGUCAUAUACCCAGAAGGUGCCUGAAAGUUUGAUUAUAAAUUAAUUGUAAAGGAAACAAUGAAUUCACCUUUUGUGUAGUUAGAAAGGGCAGUGCGAAUAGGCCAGUGUAAACCUUUGUUUCUUCUAAACGUUUGGAAUCAUUUGUUGUGCGUGAAUGUAGAUUACUUGCUGUCAAAUCGUUUUGUGUACAGAGUUUUAUGAGAUAAAAAAGGAUGCAAACAUUUGUCGUGUACUAAGAAGAAAAAAAGAUUAUUUACGUGUACAGCCUACAUUUGGAGAUUUUUUUCUAAAUUGAAAGAAGUAUUAUGUAAUUUCACUGUAUUCAAUGAUAUUUCUGUGACUGUAUUAAGAAAAUUGUUAGGUGUAGUGUUAAUGUGGUUGACAUGUUAUAGAUUAUUAAUGGUACAUUAUGCGUACGAUAUUCAGCAUUGGGUUCAAGCCAGAGUUCACAUGCAGUUUAAAAUCAAGACCGUAAAAAAUGUACUUAAUGCUAAAAAAUUAUCUCUUUCAGAGUUAGCCUUCACUACAGGCUGUGUGAGUUAAAGCCAUUCAUUAGCUUGUAUCAAGUCUUCAUUUCUGGCUUUUCAAAUCAACAUAACAAACUGACCAGCAUAAGCAUUACUGCCGACUAUAUUUGAAAUCGUUUGAAUUUAUCAGCAUUUUAAAUGUUUUCAUUCAAGUCAAUCAGUUUCUUUUUUCAACAGGCUUAUUAGGCCAAAAAUGAUUUGAAUUAUGAUCUGAAACAAUCAAGUACUAUGAAUGCAAAGUGAUAUUAAUUUUUUUUUCAGAAGGCAUAUAACCCUUGGUAUGAUUUGAUGAAAUAUUAAAUUAUAGAAUUUUGAGUAAGAUUGUCCACAGUGCAGUGAGACACAAUAGUUAAUCAGCCCAUAUUCGAUGACAAACCUAUUAAAGCAAAUUUAUGUUACAAUAUAUAAGGCCAUAAUUCAUAUGUAUAUUUUCCUGAGAAAAGCUGCAGAAAUAAACAAACCCUUUUUUCAAUUAGAGCAUUAGAAUCCAUGUUUUCUCUAAAAUCGACAAAAAAAUCUUGUUUCCAUGGAUAUUGACAUGUUUUUUAAUGUGGUGUUGGGCUUAUUGAAACGAAAAUAAGUUUUAUUUCAUUGAUGUAGUUGAGUUCAGAUCAUUGGCAAUUUUGUGUUUGAAAAAAGAUAUAUAUUACUGUUGUUUAGCCAAUGAAGAUGGGGGAAAAUAAACCUAUGCAAUUGAGACAUGUCAUGUUUGAUGAUUUUAAUUUUACUAAUAUAUCAUAUUAUGUAUUCUCCGCAAAGAAAGCAAAAGAGAUUAUAACGAGACGCCCAUGAAGUGCAAUUUUUACCGUUAAAGAGCAUGUUAUGCGUUGUGUCACGUCGUCUUAAGCUGGCUCAUACCGGACAAGUCUGUUUGUUUUUGUUGUCCUUUUUUCCUUGUUUUUAAAGGAAAGUCGUUGAAUAAAUGUGGAAGUUAACAUUGGAUUGUAAUGUUAAGCCGUAACCCACCCUUAAUGUUUAUGUUGGUGAUCUUUGACCUUUGAGUAAUGACCUAAUGUUGACCUGUUGUUGAUUUUAAUUGUGUGUUGUAUAUUGUAUAAAAAGUUGUAGUAUUCUUAGUGCAUUAAUCGUUGCAUUCAUUCAUUACAUUGUAUUCAUUCAUAUUUUUAAAGUAUUGUUGGGUUAAUGGUAUUUCCGUCAUGAAUUUGUUGUUUUUAUGUUCCUUCAGCUUGUGUUUAAGUUUACCCUCCCUCUCUCGAAUCGUCUAAAUGCGAGGUGCGGAAGGGGGAAAAAUGUUUGUUGAAGUUUUAGUGUACAUGUUGUAGAUUCGAACGCAAGAAAGCAAUGUCAUGUUCUUUUUUAAACUUGUUUGAUUGUAUAUGUUGGAUGUGACAGAGAGCAAUUUCUUUCCCCGUUUUUUUUUCUGUUCUUCACCCGAUUUUUAUAAUCGUUACGUUCUAUGUUCACUUUCGUACUGGAUGCAUGUCAUACGGUGAAGUAUCCAAGUUAUAAGCAUGCCCUUCCCCCUUAUUUUUUUAAAAAGUUCCUGCUUAUUCGCCCCCUUUAAACGUUUAAUAUUUCUAUUAAGUUAGUUAUUUGUUACCGGUAACAGAAAGAAAUUUCCUUUUCAUUCCUUUAUUCUUGGGGAAAUCAAAUUAUUUCUUUAUCUGCAAGAUAUUAAGAAAAAUAUUUAAAAACUUAAACAAAGCAGGGAGUUGCAUUUUUUAAAUCCAUUUGUCAGAAAUUAAUGAUGUAUCAGCGAUAAAUCGCACAUAUUCUUGGUAAAAAAAGUUCCAAGAUUGAAAUUUAUUAAUAAGACUGGUCUCUUGUUCCCAAGUUCAUAUCAAACCAUUGACUAUGAAUGCUACAUCUAUGUUAUAAUAAAAUGUUCUCAUGUGAUAUGCAGUCAUAUGGUCAUCGUAAAAUUAUUGUUCAAUAAGUCGACAGAAUAUUUUUAUAGCUAUACAAAGCAAAACCAUUCCAGAAACAAAGAAAACAAGGUCAUUAUGUCCAUGCAAAGUCUUUUGGCAUCAUGUAUAAUGUAAUCUCUGACUGUCGUCAGUAUGGUAGCCUGAAUGUAUCAAAUCAAUUUGUUUAUUGAUGCGAGUAACAUAUUCAAUAUUCCAAUAAGAUCUUUCCUUUUUCAUACACAGUCCGACGUUUGUCUAAAAUGUGAUUUUGACCAAGAAAUAGUUUGCUUCAUAGGUGUUUAUAUAGGUGUAAAAUUUCCCCUCUUUUUAAUCCUAGGGUUCCUCUAUGAUGUGCCCCGACAAUGAUCAAUGUCAGAAAGAUUUGAUUCUUUUUCUCUUUAUUAUUUCUCUGUUUGUACGUUUGUCGGCUUUGAUCGUUCAUUCUCUACCCUGCUUUUUGUUACCGUUCAAGAAAAUGAAAAUGUUUGGAUCGUUCUCUUGUUCUACCUGCGUUUGUGUCUCUUUUUUUUGUGGUAUUAUUAAAAGGCUAGCUUAGUUCUGUCAUGUGAAA